AUGUCUCGCAGACAGCAAUCCCGCAACGAUUCUUCCAUCGACUCGAUCACCGAGUCUCUGAAGUCACUUAUGGCAACAGGCCUGCGGUAUGCAGGCGAUCUGUCUGGACUGACCUUUCUCGACGAAACCUUCCUUCGUGAGCACGGCCCUGAACAAGUCCUUCAUCACAUGCUCUCGACGAAGUCGUACAUCUUGACCACAUCCACUCUCGUCGAAAAGAAUCAAGACGCCUACAACCAUCCAGAAAUGAAGAGCUUUGUGAAAGUAGGACAGGGCCAAUGUGGGACUGUAUGGGCUCUGACUGGCACUACCAUGGUUUUGAAGGUUCCAAAUGACGGCAAGAAGGAUCAGCUGUACAACGAUUAUUGCCAACACGCCGCAGUUGAAGAAGCAUUCAGGUCGACAUUUUCAGUGUUUAGAAGACACAUCAAUCUUCCAAGUUGCCAAACCUGGCUUGGGCCUCACAACGAGUUGUUCUGGAAGGACCAUGCCAAGUUCCUACCCAAAGGAUUCCAGUCAACAUACGGCAUUGUCUCGACCCGUAUCUUCCCGGUACCGCUCCCAGUAUGCAGCGCGAUUGUUGACGCCUGUGCCCCCCGAUCUGUCAAGAAUAACAAGGAAAGCUUCUUGGCACAGCCAGAAAACAAAGAUUGUCUCAUCCGGAUCUACCUUGGCCGCCGACAAGAAAGAUCUUCAAUGAACGCAUUCCGCUUACGCAAUUUCGAUAUGACUGUCAAUGAAAUGGAGUACUCACGACUUGACACUCAUUUGUAUGCGGAAUCAAUGGGGCACGCAUUAGCCAUCAUGCACUGGAAAGCGGGAGUUGACGGCAACGAUGUUGAAUUUGUUUUUGGAAGCUCUCCCGAAAUCCGCCUGCGCCCAACUGCAGCAGAGCUUGCGUGCUUGACAGCUGAUCAAGCAGAACGCCUCUCAUCGGAACUUGACUUCAAACACCGCUCUCUUGGCAUCUGGCUCUUGGAUUUCGAUCAAUGCCAACGCUUUGAGGAAGGCCCACAAGGAGUCAAGCAGCUUGAACGGGCCUUCUAUUUCAAUGACCCGUACUACCCUCGGCCAGCGUCCAAAGAUCCGAAAGACAGAGUGUUGUGGACAACAUUCAAAGACAGCUACUUGGAAGCGAGUGCGGAAUUCACGGACAGCAAGAUGCCACAGCAGUUCAUUGAUGCAGUGGAAGCAGAAGGGAUCAAGAGAAGCAGUGGUCGAUCUCUAUUCGGGUGA